AUGACUCAGUGGGAUUUGAAGACUGUCCUUUCCCUACCCCAGUACCCAGGGGAGUUCCUGCACCCCGUGGUGUAUGCCUGCACCGCGGUUAUGCUCCUGUGCCUCCUUGCCUCGGUCAUCACCUAUAUACUGCAUCAGAGUGCCAUCCGGAUCAGCCGGAAAGGCCGGCACGCGCUCCUCAACUUCUGCUUCCACGCGGCUCUGACCUUCACGGUGUUUGCUGGUGGCAUCAAUCGCACCAAGCACCCCAUCCUCUGCCAAGCGGUGGGCAUUGCACUGCACUAUGCUACGCUUUCUACCAUGCUGUGGAUCGGAGUGACUGCCAGGAACAUCUACAAACAGGUGACCAAGAAGGCCCUGCCAUGCCCAGGUGCAGACCAGCCACCGUACCCCAAGCAGCCCUUGCUCAGGUUCUACCUCAUCAGCGGAGGGGUCCCUUUCAUCAUCUGUGGGGUCACAGCUGCCACAAACAUCAGAAAUUAUGGGACCGAGGAUGAGGACGUGGCAUACUGCUGGAUGGCCUGGGAGCCCAGCUUAGGUGCGUUCUAUGGACCGGCUGCCUUCAUCGCCCUGGUCACCUGUGUGUACUUCCUCUGCACCUAUGUGCAACUGCGGCGUCACCCAGAGCGCAGGUAUGAGCUCAGAGAGCGCACCGAGGAGCAGCAGCGGCUGGCAGUCCCAGAGAGCGGCCACCGCCAUGGGGUGCGUCCCGGCACGCCACCCGCCUGCGAUGCCCUGGCUGCCUCACAGCUGCAGAACGAGCAUUCCUUCAAAGCCCAGCUGCGUGCUGCCGCCUUCACACUGUUCCUGUUCACAGCCACGUGGACCUUUGGGGCCCUGGCCGUGUCUCAGGGCCACUUCCUGGACAUGAUCUUCAGCUGUCUGUACGGCGCCUUCUGUGUGACCCUGGGACUCUUUGUCCUUAUCCAUCACUGCGCCAAGCGGGAGGAUGUGUGGCAGUGCUGGUGGUCAUGUUGCCCCUCUCGGGGAGAUACCUCCACCACCAAGCCCAAUGCCCACCCUGCACUCGAUGCCAACGGGGAUGCACUGGGGCAUACAGCCUGCCUGCAGGACUCACCGUGCCCUGGAAAACUCAGAGGCUUUGGCCAUCCACCAGCCGGCCACUGCAAGAUGACAAACCUGCAGGCUGCCCAGGGUCAUGUCAGCUGUCUGUCACCUGCCACCCCUUGCUGCGCUAAGAUGCACUGUGAGCAGCUGAUGGAGGAGGAGGCCCACAUGCACAUGGCCGAGGAGGACACCUUCCCGCACGACCCUCACCUGCACGCCCCUCACCUGCACAGGUGCCUCAAGGGCAGAACUAAGCCCCACUACUUCAGCAGGCACCAGGCAGCCGCAGCUGAGAGGGAGUAUGCCUACCACAUCCCCUCCAGCCUGGAUGGCAGCCCCCACAGUUCACGCACAGACAGCCCUCCCAGCUCUCUUGAGGGCCCAAUGGGGAUGCAUACACUGGCCUGCUGUGCCCAGGCCGACCCUUUCCCCAUGGUCAGUCAGCCUGAGGGUGGAGACACGAGUCCUGGGCUCUAUGGCUGUCCCCCACGACUCUCCCCGGGCCCUGCCCACUUGGAGAUGCUACGAAGGACACAGUCCCUGCCUUUUGGGGGCCCCAGUCAGAAUGGGCUGCUCCAGGGUGACGUCCGAGAAGGCCUGCCAUUUGGUACUGAUGGGACAGGGAACAUCAGAACAGGACCCUGGAAAAAUGAAACUACAGUGUAA